UCCCAAAAGAAAUCCGCCAAAUUGAAGUCCUAUCUUUAGAAAAAGAAAAUUUUUAAGAAAAUUUAACUCUACCUCGGAAUAAGAGAUACCUGAAUGACAAUAUCAGUUGCGAGAAUAGCGUACAAUUCUAUAGCACGAGAAGGCAACAAUGAUCGUCGUCUCUCCGCUGGUGAACACGAGCUGAAUUGUAGAGACUUCGAGUCUCGUAAAUGACCGAGAAGAAGCGUCAUCGAGGGAUCAUCCACGAUUUGGGGAUGUCGACGUGCGUGAAAUGGACUUUAUGGCCGGCGAGAACGCGUUUUCGACGCUAUUUGACGAGUCUCGUGUACUACCGGAAGUGUUAAUGAUGAACGAGCCGGAUCCACGAGGCAGAUCGAACUGGUGAUUACGACGAAUUCCGGUGCUAUUUAAAAAGCGAUUCUCGCGAUCCUCUUUGACUUUUCCCUUUCUUCUUUUUUUCUCCCGUUUGCUCCUUCGACUUGCUGUUUCGCAACUACAGUGAAAAAACGAUCGGUUAUUUCAUUGGCGAGAUUGCCGGUCGAAGACAACCGGGUAUCGCGAGUCGUCGGUGAUUGGAAUAAUUUUUGGUGGUGAACCGGUCUGAUCCGACAGCCAUGGACUGGCGAGGGGUCGCACUGGCAUUUUUGUUGAUUACAAUAGCGAGGCACAGCACCACAUACGCCGCCCAAAUACCCCAGCAACUGCCUACAUCAACCGUUGCGAUUGCGAGCACCGUGCAGAUCGAGUGUGCGAGUGAGUCGAUAAUCGUCCACAUCUCGACGGAGGGCAAGACGGAUUUCCAUGGUCUGGUGUAUCCAAGGGGGUUGUCGAAGAACAGCUCUUGCUUGCAAGAGUACAGAAGUCAGCCCACUCCAAUAACUUACAACCUGCCUCUCAGGUCCUGUAACACCAUGCCCACUGAGUUGGACGACGGCGGUAUCGAAUACUUCAAUACAAUAGUGGUACAACCACACCUGAAGCUGGUCACGAACCAGGGCAGAGGUUUUCAUGUGAGAUGUCGAUACCAGACGCGAGACAAAGUAGUAACGAACGAUCAUACCCACGUAGCCAUGCUGCAGUCCCUACCGCUCCAGGCAACAGCUCCUAUGCCAGGAUGCACGAUGAAGAUCUUCAGCGGAGAUCCAACGAGGCAUCAAGUGGCGGAAAACGUGAAGAUCGGAGACCCUCUGACCUUGGUCAUUAGCAUCGACAAACAGGAAAUGUUCGGCUUGAAGAUCUCCGACUGCCUGGUGCGCGAUGGCCUAGGAUGGGGAGAGCAGAGGCUUAUAAACGACGAGGGCUGCCCAGUUGACGGCGAAAUCAUGGGACAGUUCACGUACAACGAGGAUAAAACAGAGGCAAAGGUGAACUUCCAAGCACACAAGUUCCCCUAUACAGCCAGUGUCUAUUAUCAGUGUAACGUGAGAUUAUGCGUGAAACACGGUGGAGGAUGCAGCAAUACGCCACCGGCGUGUAAUUUGGUAUCCAGACGACGCAGGGACACUGCUAACGAUAAUACAGUGAAAGGUGUCGAAGGCUUGGACGGAGGAACGCCAGCUACCAUCGAGGUUUAUAGCGGACUUUAUGUGAACGAAGCCUCGGACAUUGGCUCCAAGUCGGACUUCACCGAUGAUGUCUUCAGAGAAAGGACUAUUGAUGAUCCCAACAGCAUCUGCAUAUCGCAAAGGAGCUUCGCCAUCGGCAUCGCGAUCGCGGGUCUGAUCCUCAUGCUGGCGGUAGUCGCGGCCAUUUUGGUACUGUUGGCCAAGAGGCGACACAAGAGCGUUUCGACGACGGGUUCGUCCAUAUAUAGCGGACCUUACACGAACACUGCAUACAGUCACAGCAGCUAAGUUCAUCUGAACCUCGAUAUCCUGAAACAAACGAGGGAUUCGAAUAAGAAACUCUAGCUACAUGGUAGUGAAGCGAUCGAAAAGUCGACCAAUCAGUGUUACGAAUAUCGAGAAAGGAAAUCUUUCCAAUUCUUUCCAGUUUUACGACAGCCUCGAUAUAUUGAGGCGUAGAGAAUUUAGGUGGAUUACACGAGAUUUUGCUCAACUGCCGAUGCUAUUAUUGUUUCUUCGAGGAAAUAGCUCAGAACCUAAAGGGUCCUAACACGUGAUCGAACGUGCUGGAUUAUUUCUGCUGCUUUAUUCAGAGAUAUUUAUCAUUUCUUGCCAUCAACCUGAUAACUCAUUUAACAACUGCCCCUUCGGUACAUCGUUGUGAAAUUAUUCAUAGAAGCACGUGUUAGGACUUAAGCAGUUUUAGAGAAAUCCUAGCCUAGCCCGACAACUUGAAACGAAUCGAUACGAAUCCUUAGGAUUAACUUUAAUAUAUACAUUA